ACAGUAGUUAAUUGUGAUAGAGAUAAAUACAUUAGAUUUAUCAUCCUGCGGAUAUAUAUAUAAAUCAAUAUUACGAAGAAUUGAUUACCAGUACCGAUUGUGUGAGAAGCCAAGAUGUACAAACUUUUUAUUUCGCUUGUUCUUUGUACGGUGGUGGCUGCGGAUCCAUUGAGGGAUUUCCCUUUCAAUCCUCAAUUCCACGGUCGGAUUAUAGGAGGCGAAAAUACGACAAUUGAAGAUGUUCCUUAUCAAAUAAGUCUACAAAUCUACGGCGGCCAUAACUGUGGUGGCAGUAUAAUCUCAAAAGAAUGGAUUAUUACAGCGGGUCAUUGUGUGUCUCAAAGUACUAGCACACAUACAGUUCGUGCUGGUACGACUUAUCACAAUAUAGGAGGCUCUCAUCACACAGUUGCUGAGAUUAUUCGACACGAAGGUUAUGGUUCAGAUGAAUCAGGAUUUCCGAUAAAUGACAUUGCUCUAAUAAGAGUAAAUGAAGUGUUUCAAUUCGAUGAAACCCGACAACCUAUUCCGCUUUUUAAUGCCGAUGAAGAAGCCAUACCGGGAUCAAUUUCCGUUAUCACCGGAUGGGGAAAUACCUUUAAUGGGUAUCCUGAUAAUUUACAAACUGUUGAUGUGCCAAUCAUUUCAAAAGCACAGUGCAACGAUAAUUAUUCCAAGUACGGUGGGAUUCCGGAUAAUGAAAUUUGUGCGGCUUAUCCAGAGGGUGGUAAAGACGCUUGUCAAGGAGAUUCUGGCGGUCCUUUAGCUAUUGAAGGACGACUUGCUGGACUAACAUCUUGGGGAAUCGGAUGCGCUCGUCCAGAAUACCCUGGUGUUUAUACUGAGGUUUCAGCUUUCCGAUCUUGGAUUAAGACAAAGACUGGAAUUUAAUUAUUACUUCGAAUAAUCUAUUUAUUUAAUUAAUUAUCAUUAAAAUUGUAAUAUAUUUGACUUUAAUUAUUAUUUAAUGCUAAAUAAAUUUAUACAUAAGGACCAAAAGUAUUGGAAUACAAUAAGCAAUAAAAAAUUAUUUAAA